GAGAGAGGGAGACGUAUCCUCCUGUUUAAACCUUUUUAUUCGGUAUCAACGCGAGAAUUUAACGAGAUUUAAAGUCAAAUAGGCUGAGUUGAUUCCGGUUUUGUUCGUGUUUCGUUCCACUUUAGUGUGUUUGUAAGACAAACCCCAUCUGGGAAGUGACAGACGGAGCUUUACAGACUUUACAAAAGCAUCUGGAAGAGUCAGAGUGGCCUUUUCUGGAAGAAGAAGGCAACAAAACUAUAAAAGUUUCUGCUUAAAGCGUUGGAAAUCUGCUUUGGACUCUGUCUGGUUCCGGACUUUUACGCACGAAGGUUGAACUCCAGCGCGUGAGGACGGGACGCUGCGCCGCGACAGUGAGCGAGACUUUAAGGACAAAAAGGAGACGAGAACAAACACAGAAAAAUAAAGAGAGAAGAGGCUUUAUUAGAAGACUGAACCGGGAGGUUUACAGUGAAGAUCGGGGAAGUUGAGUGUCUGUGGGCGCACUGUGGCGCACAAAUGGUGUUUCUGUGGGACGCCAAAUACGACCCAGCCCCUGGCCGGCGUUACACUCCCCCCUCCACCACCCUCGCCUCAGGGGGGAAGAUGGCCGAGGCCCUGCCGCUGGGCGCCCAGGAGGCCGGAGGCGGGGCCGCUCUGGUGGGCAAGCUCCGCAUGGCUGACCGCGGCAUGGUGGAGGUGAUCUCGGAUCAUCCAGGUGAGCUGAUUAAGACCGACAGUCCCAACUUCCUGUGCUCGGUGCUGCCCACUCACUGGAGAUGUAACAAGACGCUGCCAAUCGCCUUUAAGGUGGUUGCCCUUGGCGACAUCCCUGAUGGCACCCUGGUGACGGUAAUGGCAGGAAACGAUGAGAACUACUCAGCUGAGCUUCGAAACGCCACGGCUGCCAUCAAGAACCAAGUGGCCCGAUUCAACGACCUACGCUUUGUCGGCCGCAGUGGGAGAGGAAAGAGUUUCACUCUGACCAUCACAGUGUUCACCAACCCUCCUCAGGUGGCCACGUACCAGAGAGCAAUCAAAAUCACAGUGGACGGUCCCAGAGAGCCACGACGUCAUCGUCAGAAGAUGGAUGAGGUCAAACCGGGCACUUUGGCGUUCUCAGAGAGGCUUACAGAGCUGGAGCACCUGAGGCGGAGCACCAUGAGGGUGACGCCUCCUCACCACCACCAUCACCAACCUUCGGCAAAUACUCGCCAAUCUGCGGCGCUCAACUCCGCCACCUUCUCCAGCCCGACGCACUCCCAGAUAACAGCUGAUUCCAGACAGAUGCAGUCGUCUCCAUCCUGGUCAUAUGACCAGUCAUACCCAUACCUUGGCCAGAUAACCACGCCCACUGUCCACACAGCCAAUCCUUUAUCGCCUGGUCGUUCUUCACUCAGUGACCUCUCUUCACGACUCACAGGUCCCGACCUCACUGCCUUUGGUGACCCCAGAAUGACCUUAGAGCGACCUUUCACCUCCCUCCCUUCCUUGCCUGACUCCCGCUUCACUGACCCGCGUGUCCACUAUCCUCCAACAGCCGCUGCCUUCACUUACACACCUUCACACAACCCCGUCUCUAAUGGCGCCCUUGGCAUCACUAUGGCAACAGCAAUGGCUACCACUCCAGCAGGAAGGUACACAUAUCUCCCUCCUCCCUACCCAGCGAACACCCCCCACCAGGCGCAGAACGGCCCCUUCCAGUCCACCUCCUCGCCGUACCACUUGUACUACUCCACCGCUGCCGGGUCAUACCAGUUCUCCAUGAUGGCGGGCGGAGGGGGCAGCGGGGACUCGCGUUCUCCGCCAAGGAUCCUGCCGCCGUGCACAAACGCCUCCACAGGCUCCUCCCUCCUGAAUCCCUCUCUGCCCAAUCAGAAUGAAGGAGUAGGAGUUGAGGUGGAGUCCAGCCACAGUAGCUCGCCGACAAACAUGGCGGUGGCUGAAGCUGUGUGGAGACCUUACUGAAAAUGCCAGAAGACAGGAAGGAGUACUCAUUUAGAGCGUCUAACUGGUCAAGUGAUGACAGAUAUCACCAAUAAUGAAACCAAAAAAACAAUCCAACAACAAAUGGCCACAAAUAUACAGCAGGGACUACUUUUAUCAGCAGAUGAAUCCAAAUUUGGUGCUUUUGUGAGCAUAUUUAGCAUUUUCCUGAGUGUAUGAAGGAGAGAUUUAAAUUGAAACAACUGCAUCUGUAUUAAUGGCAAUGGAUCCCCCUGCCCCUCCAUGAACCUUCAUGGAAAGCAUUACGUUCCUUCCUUUCCUGUGCCUACAAAGAAAGACUGAGGCAGGGAGAGAAGCAGCAAAAAACCAGAGCAGAGCAGGCUUCAACCACAACAGAAUGACACUGAUUAAAUCAGAUGUAGCAUAAUGGAGGUGCUGGGGUGGAGAAGGGUUGCAAAAGCAGGUUGCAGAGGGAACAGCACAGAGUAGGCAGCCAGAGCAGCUAAUAUGGCUCCAAGUUGGCAACAAUAUUGCCUGUCACCAAUCGACCUCCAAGGUUAAACUGCAACUAAAGGAGUCCUCUUGCUUGUCAUCUAUGGUUACUGUUUUGGAAAAGGUACUGCAUGUCAUCACUUGAUCAGGAGCCUUAUGUGAGUGCACCCAGUUUAAAAUGAUCUACCAACAAUGAUGGACAGGCGUAUCAGCCUUUGGACUAUUGAGAAGAGCUUUUAUGAAAUGAAGGAACAGACUGUGGACAGAUAAUCAAACAGAAGCAGGGUAAUAUUUUGGUUUUACACUGACAAAGUGCAUGCAGCAGCACUGGACUGAUCUCCAAUCUUUGUAAAAUAACUUCCUUGUUCACAUUGUUGGUGUUGUGAAUAGACUUGCUCAUGCCAAAUAUUGUGCCGGCCUGUUUGUGUUCCACCUUCCAUGGCUGUACCACUCAUUUUCCUGGGAGACUUUGAGGAAAAACUGAUCCCGUUUGAACAUUUUUGUGGUUGUAUUUGCGUCUUCAUGAAGAUAAACGAAUUGAAAGGCUGUCCUCUAUUAUUCUGAUUCAAAGUUUCUUUGUGUUGGAUUUGUUUUCUAUUUUUACAGCAUGGCAUUUUGUUAAUUUAUUCCUAAAAAAAAAACAGUUUGGUAGCAUUUCAUGUGUGUAUAAGUGUGUGUUUGUGUGUGAGAGAGACAUUCAGUGUGUGUACUGUGUAUAAAAAUGGCCGUACCUGUGCUUGAUUACAUUUUCAUUCACCUUUUCCUCUCUCUCUCCCUCACUCACACACGCAGGAGUUUACUGGUGCACAUUUGGUUUUCAUUUCUAU